AUGUCUAUAGCUCAAGGGUAUAGACCUAAGGGGGAAUUACCACCAAAUUCAAUCUGCAAGUUGCAAAAAUCAUUGUAUGGACUGAAGCAAGCUUCAAGACAAUGGUUUGCCAAGUUCUCAAGUGCCUUAACUGAUGAAGGAUUUCAUCAUUCAGCAACUGAUCUCUCCUUGUUCAUCAAACAUUUCAAUGGAAAUUUCAUAUUUCUAUUGGUUUAUGUUGAUGAUGUGAUUCUUGCUAGCCACAAUCUAGUGGAACUUGAAGCUCUCAAAGCAAGGUUACACACAAGAUUUCAGCUAAAAGACUUAGGAAAUUUAAGGUAUUUCCUAGGACUAGAAGUUGCUAGAUCUGAGAAAGGGAUCUUUGUUUCAAAAAGACCUUAUGCACUUCAAUUGUUGGAAGAUCUAGGCUAUCUAGGUUCCAAACCAGUGAGUACACCAAUGGAAGCAAAUCUCAAACUUGGGCUUGAUGAGAAAGAGAAGUUGGUCGAUCCAACAUUAUAUAGAAGAAUAGUGGGAAAGCUACAGUAUUUGACCAUCACAAGGCCUGAUAUUUCCUACUCAAUAACCAAGCUAAGCUUGUUCUUAUGCACACCUAGAGUCACUCAUCUACAUGCAGCACAAAGAGUUCUUCAAUAUGUUAAAGGGACUAAUGGACAAGGAAUUUUCUUUACUACUGAUUCUGAAGUGAAGUUGCAUGCCUACACCGAUUCAGAUUGGACAACAUGUCCAGAUACAAGGAGGUCAACAACUGGCUUUUGCAUUUUUGUUGGAACAUCCAUCAUCUCUUGGAAAAGCAAGAAACAACACACGGUUUCAAGGUCCUCUGCAGAGGCUGAAUAUAGAGCAAUGGCUAACACCACUUGUGCAGUGCUACUGCUCAUUGGAGCUAUUAUGGUGAUGGCUCUCUUGUUACUAGGAAUGAGAUGGGAAACAAUCAGAGAAGGGUAUUGA